AUGCGACCUGCCACAACAAUACUGGGUCUUGUCGGCCUUUUGACAACUGCUGCUGAGGCUGGUCCUCUCAGGAGUCGUGAGGCACGGAGGCAGGCGGCGUGGCAGAAAAGGCAUGAUGAGGAUGGGACGACGACAACAACAUUAGCAGAGGGCGGCGGUGGAUCGACGACAAUUGUGGUAUCUUACACAAUACCAGGGUUUAUUGGAGUUACGACGGACUUUCCGAGUGACUUUGGAAAGUCCUCAACAUCGACGACGGGGGCGGCUGUGGUUAGCAGUAGUGGUGUCGCAGGCGCGCCUGGGGGAGUGUUUGUGACGGUAUCAGGUUCCGCUAGCUCAUCGUCAGCGGCAGCAACAUCAUCAUCCGCCGCGGCUUCGAACACUCAACAACCAAACGAACCCGCCGUCACCAGCAGCAACAUCCUGAACGACCUCCCCACGGCCGUGACCGGCGCCCUCCCCUCCGCCACCACCACCGUCUCCCCCGAGAUCUACGCCAAGAACCUCGCCGACGCUCGCCGCUACAACGAGCAGUUCUCCAGUCUCACCAAGGACACCACCUGCACACCCGGCCAGGCCGCUUGUGUGCAGGGUGGUCGUGCCUACUGCAACGCCCAGGGCAAGUUCAACGUGGCUCAGUGCGGCAGUGGCAAGAAGUGCUUCGUCAUGCCCAUGACUACCGUCCAAGGUGUGGUGAUUGAUUGCUACGAGCCGGAUGAGGCGGCAAAGGUUUUGGGGUCUGUUGCUGCUCCCAUCGGAGGAAGUAGUAGUGGGGCAGGAGGAGGAGGAGGAGGAGAGGUAGAGGUCACGCAGACAGUGGUGGUUACGCAAUCUGCCGGCACGACGACCAUGACGGUGCCUCCUCCUUAUGGAUCUGAGAGCAGUUCUGCUACGCAGAGCGUCGGUCCGGUGACGGUGACUGUUACCGUUGUUGAGCCUCCUCCUCCUGGAGGAGUACCUUUAUCGUCGAGCGCUAUCACUACUUCUGCUGCAGCUUCAUCGGUCAUUGCCCCCGUGCCGCCUACGACGAGCUCUGCGACAUCAUCUUCAUCGAGUGUUAUUGCGGUCCAGCCUCCCGUUUCUUCGUCCGCUUCGGUCACUUCGUCCUCUUUGGCGAGUUUGCCUCUUACAACUACUACUGACAGCAGCAAGACACUCAUCACGGUGACUGCUACCGUUACGGAUGGCGGCAACACCUACCCGAUCACUUUCACCAUAGAUCCUAGCUCGGCACAUCCGGCUGUGUCAUCUGUAGCUACGACUUCAUCUUCCUCUUUUCCUUCCGUCAGCAGCUCCGAGCCCACCUUGAGCUACAGCUCCGUCAUUAGUAUGCCUCUAGUCUCCUCGAGCAGCAUCCUUUCGUCGACCGCCAGCGUCUUUUCGACCAUUAGCAGUAGCUCUUCACUCUCAGCCCCAUCUUCAGCUCCUGCUCCCGUGACCACCACCAGCGACAUUACCAGCAGCAGCAUCACCACCACCACCACCACCAUCGCACCCAUCAUCACCAGUAGCGCCGAAAGCAGCGCCGCUUCUUCCAGCAGCACCACCGACGAUGACCCGCUCGUAAUCAUCCCCGUCACCGGCACCGUGACCGACUUGCUCUCUUACGAUGCCUUUGAAGCUCCCACUCAAUCCAUCCAAGUUCCCUCUGUUCCUUCCGCUCCUUCCGCCCCUUCUGCUCCUUCUGCUCCUGUCGCCCCUUCCGCUCCUUCCGCCCCUUCCGCCCCUUCUGCUCCCACGGGCAUUGUUGCCGGCAACGGCCUCAUCAAAGCAGCCGCCAAAGUCACCGCCGCCCCUACUGCUGCUGCUGCUAUUUCUCUCGACCCUCAACAACAGCAACAACAAGCAUCAGAAGCACAAUACUGGGCAACAGUCGACCGCCUGUUCAAACCCCCUCAGUACCAGUACUCCCCCGGCCACAAGAACGAGUUGAAUGUAUAUGGGAAUGGGAAUGGGAAUGUCAAGUUGGCCGGUGCUGCUGUUUCUGCCAGUACUUCUGUUUCUGUUUCUGUUUCUGCCGAGCAAAGUAGUGCUGCUGUUUCUGCCAGUCAAAGUGCAGUCACAGUCUCUGUUGUGUCGGUGACAGUUACUGAAACAGCGACAGCUACGCAGACGCAAGAAGCAAAGGUGGUGGUCCAGACGGUUACCGAAACCGAAACUGCAACCGAAACCGCAACAAUAACAACAAAGGAAACGGUUACUGAGACGAAAAAGGAGGUUUCGACGGUUAGGGUGACGGAUACGCUGAUUCAUAAUGAGACGGCGACUGUUACGGAGACGCAGACGGUCACGGCAACGAAGACGGUGGAUGGGCCGGCGGUUGGUACUGCUGCUGCUACUGCCGCUGCGUGA